UCCCCAGUUUCCGUAGGGAAGCGCCAGGCUACCACAGCUAUUGUGCGUAGCGCUGUCGCCCUCCUCUUCCCGCUGUUGCUGCCCUGUUGUUGGAGGAAAGCUACGUCUCCUUGGCCGCCGGGUUUAACCCUUUAAGCGCCAAACCCGGCAGCCUGCCGGCUCCCAGGAACGAGUAGGCGGUCUCUGCAGUUGCCGAGUUGUGGGCGACGAGCCCCGAAGACCCUGAGGAAGACAGCUGAAGGGAGCCUGUGCUGCCGGUCGGUCUCGGGCUUGUGGCUCGGCCAGCGUGAAGCAGUGGCAUUGGCUUUAAGAAGGGGGAGGGGAGGCGCGGUCCACCGCUCGGGGAGCCAGGGAAGGAAGCCUUGGCUGGUUGGCUUGGGAGCGCAGAGAGGCGGCCCCCCGCAUUCGCGCUCUCCCCGCCUCCACCCCGGGCUGCCCAGGACUCAGCGCUUUGCUUCGGGGAGGCGAUGACCAGGGGGCGUGCUGCUCGCUAGGCUGCACCCUGCCGGCGUCAGAAGGCGUUGGUAAGCAUUUCUGGUCACCCGCAGCCACCACCGGACUACGCGCUCCUGCUACACACCAGCGGGCGCUCCCAAGAGUUACAUUGGAACAGUCCCUCCGCUACCGUAACCAUGGGGCAUCCCCCGCUGGAGUUCAGCGACUGCUACCUCGACAGCCCCGAUUUCCGCGAGAGGCUCAAGUGUUAUGAACAGGAGCUGGAGAGGACCAAUAAAUUCAUCAAAGACGUGAUCAAGGACGGCAGCGCGCUUAUCAGCGCUAUGAGAAAUUACUCUUCUGCGGUCCAGAAGUUUUCCCAGACGCUGCAGUCGUUUCAGUUUGAUUUCAUCGGGGACACUCUGACCGAUGAUGAGAUCAAUAUUGCGGAAUCAUUCAAGGAAUUUGCUGAAUUGCUCAAUGAAGUAGAAAAUGAGAGGAUGAUGAUGGUACAAAAUGCUAGUGACUUGCUGAUCAAACCCCUGGAAACUUUUCGGAAGGAACAAAUAGGUUUCACAAAGGAGAGGAAGAAGAAAUUUGAAAAGGAUGGUGAGAGGUUUUACUCAUUACUGGACCGGCACUUACACCUGUCAUCCAAAAAGAAAGAAUCUCAGUUGUUAGAGGCAGACCUCCAAGUGGAUAAGGAAAGGCACAGUUUCUUCGAGUCCUCCCUUGAUUAUGUCUAUCAAAUCCAGGAAGUUCAAGAGUCCAAGAAGUUCAAUAUUGUGGAGCCAGUCUUGGCUUUUCUCCACAGCCUCUUCAUUUCCAACAGUUUGACUGUGGAGCUCACACAGGAUUUCCUCCCGUACAAACAGCAGCUGCAGCUCAGUUUACAGAAUACAAGAAAUCAUUUCUCCAGCACCCGAGAAGAGAUGGAGGAACUUAAGAAAAGGAUGAAAGAAGCUCCUCAGACAUGCAAACUUCCGGGACAGCCAACCAUCGAAGGCUAUCUCUAUACCCAGGAGAAAUGGGCUCUGGGUAUAUCUUGGGUGAAAUACUACUGUCGAUAUGAGAAAGAGACCAGGACACUCACCAUGACACCGAUGGAACAGAAGCCAGGUGCUAAGCAGGGACCUGUGGACUUAACAUUGAAAUACUGCGUGAGAAGAAAGACUGAGUCCAUUGACAAGAGAUUCUGUUUCGAUAUAGAAACUAAUGAAAGACCAGGAACCAUUACUCUGCAGGCACCUUCAGAAGCCAACAGAAGACUAUGGAUGGAAGCCAUGGAUGGGAAAGAACCUAUCUAUCACAGCCCUAUAACAAAACAGGAAGAAAUGGAGCUGAAUGAAGUGGGGUUCAAGUUCGUUAGGAAAUGUAUCAAUUUUAUUGAGACCAAAGGGAUCAAGACAGAAGGGUUGUACCGCACAGUGGGCAGCAACAUCCAGGUUCAGAAGCUGCUCAAUGCCUUUUUUGAUCCAAAAUGCCCAGGAGAUGUCGAUUUUCAUAAUAGUGACUGGGACAUUAAGACAAUCACAAGCUCCUUAAAAUUCUACCUCAGGAAUCUUUCCGAACCUGUCAUGACUUAUAAGCUUCACAAAGAGCUCGUCUCUGCUGCCAAAUCUGACAACCUGGAUUACCGUCUGGGGGCUAUUCACUCCCUAGUAUAUAAGCUACCAGAAAAGAACCGGGAGAUGCUGGAACUUCUAAUCAGACACUUGGUAAAUGUAUGUGAGCACAGCAAAGAGAAUCUUAUGACACCUUCCAAUAUGGGGGUGAUCUUUGGGCCCACCCUGAUGAGAGCUCAAGAGGACACUGUGGCUGCUAUGAUGAACAUCAAAUUCCAGAACAUUGUAGUAGAAAUCCUGAUUGAACACUUUGGCAAGAUAUAUUUGGGUCCACCUGAGGAUAGCCAAGUACCUCCAGUGCCUCCACCUCGAGUGACAGCAAGAAGGCACAAACCAAUCACAAUCUCAAAGCGUUUGCUGAGAGAGAAGACAGUGUUCUACACUUCUUCCCUUGAGGAAAGUGAAGAUGAAACCCAGCAUCAAACUCCUAAUGGUACAAUCACUAGCAACCUGGAUCCCCCCAGGCUACCACAGCACCUCAAACUACCCAUUCAGAAAAGUGGAGAAACUGACCCUGGAAGAAAGUCCCCAAAUAGAUCUGUUUCUGACUACCAAUCCGAACCCUGCCCAGAGAUGGAUGUGGGGAAGUUGGUAUUUAGGUUGCAGGAUGGAGGGACCAAGGCUAUUCCAAAGGCCACCAAUGGACCUGUGCCAGGUUCUGGGACCACAAAGACCUCCUCUUUCCAUAUAAAGAGACCAGCUCCCAGGCCAGUGGCUCACCACAAGGAAGGAGAUACUGACUGUUUCAGCAAAGUUCGGCCCCCAGGAGAAAAGCAAACAAUCAUCCGUCCUCCAGUGAGACCCCCAGACCCUCCUUGCCGGGCCAGUGUUUCACAGAAGCCAGAACCAAAGCCAGAUACUGUGGCUGGCAAUGCAGGGGAAAUCCCAUCAUCUGUGGUGGCAUCCAGGACCAGAUUCUUUGAAACAGCAUCCCGGAAAACUGGAAGCUCUCAAGGAAAACUUCCUGGAGAUGAGAGCUGAGGCCACAGGUUUGAAAGGACUUGGCCUCGAGGGACCCUUUCCAGGUUGGGGAAGGGUCUACUUCAAACUCAUGUGAGCUAUUUGGUGCUGAAGAGCAGCUCAUUUCCGGCCUCGAACCCUCAGUGUCUGGGAAGCUAUAAAAUAGGGAGCACAUGUCUGAGACAUGUGUUUGUUUCUCCUUUGUAUUCUCUCUUCAUCUCCCCAGAAUGUCUGUUGUGAGCAGCUCCAAGGACACUGGAUGGCAGGAUUCUCUUAAGCUCCAAGCUCUACUGACGUGAAAAUACCCACUGACCCGUAUUGAAGAGGGGAGCCCAGCUUUCUACUCUUCUCUGAACUUGUUGUCUCUUCAAAGGUCACUGGACUCGGAAUGAUUCAGGGCUAAAGACUGAUCUUGGGGGCCUCACCCUGAUCUAAAGGCUACCGGAGUUGGGGCCAUUGUUUACCUUAUUUGGAAGGGACUAGGGAUGUUAGCUGAAUAUUGGAGAAUUGUGUCACGUCUCUUUCUGAGAAUAUGGACACUAACUAGUACCAGAUUGGCACUCUGGUACCAUGACAUGUUAAUGAUAUCCAGUGGGGCCAGGCCGCGUGGAUCAUUCCCACACAGUGUCCUUCCCAGCGCUAAGCAUGUGUUGCAUGUCAAAGCCUAGGCUGUCUGGAUUUUCCUUUUUCCUACUUUCACCUAAUAGCUUCCUUUCCAGCAAUCCACAAAUAAAACAAAGCAGAAAACGUCUUUGUAAAAAACAAAACAAAACAAAACGGGGAGGGCCAAGUGUUAGGAAAAAUUGUUAAGAUUGACUUGAGUACGAGCAAUUGUUGCUAUUGCUUCUUAUUUGCCUCUCGCUUACAUGUUCUUUUAUUUCUUGAAGAAAAAGCAAACAAGCAAAUCUUAUAAGCAAACAAAACUAAUUCUUAGCCAAGUGCCUGUGGAUUCUGGAACUCCAUGAUGCCCCCAAGAUGACAUAUACAAUUCCAUGAGGGUAAUGCCUUUUCUGAGCAGAUGGUUCAUAACAUUCUACUGGAUUUCAAAUGGGACUGCAACCCAAUAAAGGUUAAGAACCACAGCCCUUGAGAUAAAAGACUCUUUACAGCCCAUAAAGGGUUGGAUUAGAAGGAACUUUCAAACGCAUUUAUACUAACAACAGCUUAGUUUACAUGACGAGCAAGUUAGCGACCACAAGAGGACGAGAUCCCAGGUGUCUGAGCUCCUACAUAAGGUUCUUUUUAGUACACCACAUUUAUCGAGGAAGGGGGCCUUGUAGGUGGUGGCUUUAAUGGUUCUUUUGGGAGGUAUUGGCUUUUAUUCUCUUUCUUGAGCCUCUCAUAUUUGCCAGCAAGUGGAAAAUUCAAGCUACAAGCUGCUGGUCCUUUCAGCACUGCUGGAGUCACUGAAAGUGCACUAAAGCGAAAGCUGUGCAGGGAGUAGGAAAUCUGAAGAAUAGACAUUUUUGAGGCCUGGUUUUUAGGGUGUUGAUGCUUCUGUUUCUGUGCAGAUGCCCGGGCCCUGGCCUCUGAGGCUUGCGGGGCUCUUACUGAGUUCUGGUCUUAGAGCUGUAUCCUCUCCGUUAAUGAGAAAAGCCAGUGUAUGUGUAGAACUUGGUCACUGGAGUGAGCCAGGAUCCAUGAAGGAUUAGGAAGACAGUUUGAGUCUAGUUUUCCUCAGGCAAAAGGCCGUGGUAAACACUAAAAGUCUUAGAGUACUAUGGAGAGGCAGAGAAAGACACUGCAAUCCCAAUAGAAGAAGUUUCUAGAAACUUUACACUGUGAUUGCUAUGUUAUGUGGGACAUGGAUGAAAACUCAGCUGAGAAGGAGGGGUCCCCAGCUUUGGAGGCCAGGGAGCAGUUGCUGGGGUGGUUCUACUUCUGCAUCAACUCCCUUUGGAGAAUGAAACAAAGUCUCUCCCUUUGACAACCUGCUUUAAAGAGCAAUAUGGCUGUGGUGAAGCAUGCUGUCAUGAAGUGAGAUUGGCCUGGUCCAUCUCUGCUUGAUACGUAGAUGCUCACUCCAAAGAGGGGAUCAGAAGAGGCCAUAUGUGCGUGGGUAUCUCUGGGAAAUUAGCAACAACCCUAGCAAAUAGGUGAGAGAACUGUUAAGUCUUGAACUGAUAGUGACGACGGAAGCGCUAACACUUAUUAAGCACCCACUGAAUACCAGAUACUUCAAAUACCUUAGAUGUCAUCCUAGUAAGAAUCAUGCAAGUACUCAGCUUCUUGUACAGACUAAGAGGGUACCCAGUUGUGUUGUUACUGGCUCUAGUACACAGACAUAAUGUAUACUAGAAGUGUGAUUUCCACCCUGACCUCUCAGAAUUUUCAGCCUCUGCAAUUUUCCCUAUGUCAUUCAGAGGUAGGUAUUUAGACGGAGGACACACAUUGCUGGCGGUGAGUUGCCUCUUGACUCCCAUACGCCUAACCAAUAUGGAAAGGAAAGCAGUGAGGGAGGGAAGUGGUGCAAGGCCGCCUCGUAAGGGAGUAGACCAUAGGCUGAAAGAUGAUCCCUAGUUGGGUUUUCUUUUCACUCUGAGUGCAUCAUAUUUUUAAUAUGUUUUAAGAGAUCAUCGAACCUCACCUUGUGAAGUGAAGAAUUUGUUGUGAUCGGUAGCUGUGAAUUAGUCGCUGUAGUCACUUUCCAGAGAGAAAGGGUCCUUCCAGGUGUGGCUGUGUUUUCCCAGUACAUGCCUACCUGUCACGUGUACAGUUUGAUCAAGAAGACUGGUGAUACCCAUGCACGCACUUGGAGAGAACGGAAGUUCUCUGUGCCUUUGUGGAAUUUGAUGCCCUGGGGUCACCUUGCUACAAAGGUUUUCCGUGGUGAAAGCAAAAAUCAGGGGUCAUUUAGUAAAAAGAAAUUUCAUUGAAUUUUUAUAUUUCAAGUUGAAAGAGAGGUAUUAAGAAGUAUCCAGCCAGCACAGGACAAAAACUAAACAUUCUAUUUAAGAAACAAAAUAGUGUCGUGUAAGAGUGCUUUGGAAGUAAUGGGCUACAAUGGGGAAGCAUCUUCCCCUUUUCAAGACAUUACUUUAUUCUGUAAGAACUACAAAAAGUAAAGGAAGUAGUUCUGCAACUCAUGAAAUAAUUGCUUUUGAAAGAACAUGGACCAGUGAAGCUGUUAUUAAAGAAGGAGCAGACAAUUGACCUUGACACAUUAGACGCCUACCUACAAAAGCUUUAGCAACAACAGCAACGGAAAAUCCAGAGUGAAUCUAAAUAACAAGAUAUUGUCAAUGAAGUAAAGCCUUCAUUUUCAUAUGAAAUUGCCUAUAUGAACUAUGAGUGUGAAAUAAGAGAAAAGAAUUAGAUCCUUGAGCCCACUCGUGUGAUUUUCAAUUAAGUGCUUGAAUAAAUGUCCUCCAUCUGCAGUCUCAUGAUGGAAACAAUCUUUCAGCAUAUCAGGAAUGAUGGUGCACCCACCAUCUUCCUCUCAUGCUGUCUUGUAAAAACAUUCAAAGAGAACUCGGCACAAAAUAUUUUUGAACCCAAGAGUCUUAAUCUAUUCAGCUUUGCCAUUCUGUCAAGCUGUAUAGCAUCAAUAAGUGAUAGCUAGCAACUCUGUCUUGUAGGUAAGGAAACUUGAGGUCCAGGGAGGUAAAAAUGACUUACCCAUAAGAAGACUCUUGAAAUUGAUUAAAGUCCAAGAUUGGGAACUGCAAAUAGCUUUUUAUUUACCACAGUGCCACAAAAUUAGUAGUGAAAACAAACCUCUGGGCUAGAGAGAUGGCUCAGCCGUUAAGAGUACUGCUUGUUCUUCCUGGGGUCCUGAAUUCAGUUCCCAGCACCUAUAUGACAGCUCACAACCAUCUAUAAGUAUAGUCACAGGGGAUCCAAUGCCCCCUUCUAGUUUGCAGAAGUACACGCAGACAAAAUACCCAUAUACAGAAAAUUCAUAAAUAAAUAAAUCUUCAAAAGAAAAUGAAUCCCAAAUAAGUGGAGAUGUUUCAAAAUAGGAUUAAUAAAAAUAUCAGUUUUGGCCUUAGCAUUACCUGGCAACUCAUUAGAAACGCAGAUUCCUCGGAUCUACCUGAGACAUCUGGAAUAUGAAUCUGUAUUUUAACAAGACCCCACAAGAGAUUUCUAUGCACAUUAAAAUUUUGAGAAAC